ACCCGCCGCGCCCCCUGGCCUCCCAUCUCCGGCGACCCACCACGCCCCCUGGCCUCCCAUUUCCGGCGACCCACCAUGCCCCCGCCUCCCACCUCCGGCGCCGGGCCAAGCCCCCCGGCGACGCGCCAUGGCCCCGCCUCCCACCUUCGGCGAGGCCCCACGGCCCUGCCUCCCAUCUCCGGCGACGCGUCGCCCCUGAACCCCUCCUGCUCUCUCGUGUCGCCCCCAUUGGCCCCCGAGCGCAGCCGUCCCUCCCACGGAGCCAAGCUCGCGCACCACCGCCCCUUCCACCGCGCCGAGCUCGCACUCCAUCGUAGCUGGCGGCCCAACCCCGCGUCGUCCGUGACCCCUCCACUACACUCCUCUGCUCCAGGAACAUGCCAGUUCGUGUGGAGCAUAACAGUCCGUCAGUUCGUCGGUGGGAUUUGCAGGAUCCGCAGAGCGUCAGCAGCGCUCGCUCCCCAAUGGUUGCCCGCGCAAGGAGGAUACAGGCAUGCGACAGUGGUGGAGGACUCAGCAGCGUUCCAUGGCCUUCGUCCUCCUCGUCGCAUCUUUUCUUAUAAACAGCUAGAAGAAAACGAGGCACAAGCUUCAUGCUCUCCAUCUCCUGGUGAAGGGGAGUUAAGCUCUACGGCCACUUGGAUGUGGAUGCUCACGCUCCUCCACUGGGCGAGCUCCCAGGGCACCACGGAGCUUGAGAUUGUCAUCUCUACCCUCGGCCGUGAGGGCCAAGAGGUUGCCUGCACCCUGCUAAAAUGAAAUUCCACUUCCGACCAGCAGCUCGCCUGAUGCCCAUAUGUAGACCGUCAUGCUUUUUAUGAUUUCCUGUAUGCCUGUACAUCAAAAAGUCUCAACAAUUCUGUUUCUUGUCUACAUGAUUUUGUGCUUGCUUAUCACAAGUUCACGUUACGUGCUCAAUGUAGUAGCUAGCUGAAGAAAAGGUAUUGUUCUGUAGCUUUGGUCUUACCAUUGUGGUGCUUGUGUUAUUGCGUGGGAAAAUGAAAGAAAGGAUUAUUUUAGCAAAUCAAUGAAUGAUAAAAGAGUUUGCCGUUUUCCCGCCCAA